CGCGUUCCACUCGCGAAAACUGUGUUCGUGUCGUACGUCACGACGGCUGCAAAAGUACCAACACAUUCAUCCUUCUUCGUACACUAAAAAGUUCUCAAUAUGACAGAGGAGAAACAGGGGAAAAAGAGGACUGUUUUGGUUGCUGUAGACGGAAGUGAACACAGUGAAAGAGCUUUUGAUUGUAAGUACGAAUACUUUCGUGACUCAAUGUGUCUUUCCGACACCUCGCCGGUCCCAGGUGACCCAAGUGAUUUUCACUUAUUUACACUUUUCGUCUCUGUUUGAUAUCACCAACUAGAAGUGGACAAAGAUGUUUAAGGUAUUAUAUGUGACACUGUACAGGCCUUGAUAUUAAAGCUUGCCUUACGAAUUUCAUGAGUCUGGCACAAUUUUCUUGAUGUUGGCUUAUGUAAUGAGAUGUAAUGAGGAAGCUUAACCUUACUUUCAUGUAAGACGUGAGUUUUAUAGGCUUAUCCAUAUUUCUCUCUCUCCUUCUUUUUUCUUGACUUACCAUCAGUUUGAGGUUAAGUCACAAAUUGAAUAGCACCAGAAGAGCCAAAUUCUGAAUUUUGAGGGGUUUUUUGGUCACUUUGAAGAAGCUGGCGUUCGAGAAGUUUUUACUCAGUCUCCGAGUUUGUACUCAACGGGAGACCGGAGUUGUGCGGAAAUGCAACACGACUUUUCUGGUCGUUCCAAUGGAAAGUGUCCGAAAGAUACGGGACGUCUAAAAAUGUAAACCCCUUUUAGCCGGGGAGAAAUUCAUAAUUAUAUACCAAAUUGAAACGCCAUCUUUGAGGCUUUUGACCGGGGGUACACCUGGGAAUUCUAGGUAGGGGUAUGCCGCCCGGUUGUCCAGAUCCUGACCCUAUUUCAGACUAAAUAAUGUCGUCUUCCACACCCAUUUUAAAUUGGGGGAAUGGUUUACAUUAUACUCGCCUAUAUAGCUAACACUAGAUUACUGGCUUCAAAGCACCAUUUUUUGAUAUUAUUGAUAUUCCAUCAUAACUUUGCAGUUUCAUUAUAAGUAUGGUGUAACUUUUCUCGUUGGCAAAUUUAAUGGACUGCUGCAUCUCUUACCAGGGUAUACCAAGAACUUUUACAAGAAGGAUGAUGAGAUAUUGGUGUUUCAUUCUCAUGAACACCCUUCAAUGCCUGCUGCUCCAUAUCCUUGUAAGAUUUUUUAAUUGUAUCAGUUUUUUUGCAGAUUUUUUUUGCUGUAAGGCCAUCCUCUUUUUUUUCCCCGUUUAGCAUCAUCUGAUCAACCCAAAGUUGUGGCAUUUUCAAAAAAAAAAAAGUUAUGAUGUAGUUAAACCACUUUUCACUUGAAAUAAUUCUUUUAAUCUGAAACAUCAGCAUAGUAACAGCAUAGAGAAAAACAGGAAUAAAAACAGGAACAUUUUUUACAGUAUAUUGUGCAUUUUGUUAAUCCAAAUAUGUGAAUGUUAUCAUUUAAUGUCAUCCUGGGGUACCAGGGCCUGGUAUUCUGAGACUUGUGUUGUUUUUUCUUAGAUUUCUUUUUUUUUCAAUCCGACCGACCCAACAUCAGGAGACACAUUCGACGUUAAAUGAAAAAAAAGGGGAGGAUGGCCUAAAUGCUUUUUAAAUUCCUACUCCUGAAUUUUUUUUUGAAAAAUGUUAUCAUACAUGUGAGCCCACCUAUUAAGCCCUCAUCCCCUCCCCCCACAGAAUACAAACUUGGGCUAUCAUGUUCUAAAUAUGUAGACCUUAUCAGCUUGAAUGUUUUAUUCUCCCAACUCAGACCACAUGAUGUUCUUAAUUAGGAUAAUAGGCCAUUUUACAGUUGUGGGCUUAGUGUCCUAGCCUUUGAGGGAAUGCGAGGUUGUCAGGUUGCCCCAUUUUGACACAAUCUUUCGUCCUUUUCUAAUUGAAAUUGUGCUUAAAAACUAUUAGCAUAAACACAACAUAAUUUUACAUUUUAAAGUAAGAGGGGUUGUAUCAAAACAUGGUGAACGCCUGCAUCGUUUCCACCUGUAACUGUAUAAUGGCUAUUUUGCCUAUUGGGUAAAACUUUCAUUUAUUUAUGCUUGCAUAUGCACAUGGAAAGUGCGACUUUUGAAAGAAACAGUUCUCUGGGGUAUCAAUCAUCACAUGGUCUGAAAUGGGAAAACAAAACAAACAAACUAAAAAGGUCUAAUCCAAACUAAAGCACAGAAAAGCUCAAAAGUUGAGUUUACAGUGGAACCUCGAUCUAUAACGAAGUCCUCAGUGUAACAAACGAUUUUCUUUCACCCCAGUAUAAAUAAGAAAAUAUAUGGAAAAGUACCUCGAUAUAACGAAACCUUGUUAAUUGUUAUAGUGAACAAUUUUUGUCAGUCUCUUGUCACGUCGUUAUAUCAAGGUUCUACUGUAUCUGGGAGGUUUGCUGACCCGAGACCAGGAGACGCCCAGAUAAUCCAGGAUAGUUGGCAUGUGACUUGUGAGUUCUAGUCUAAGAAUCCUCUUGUAAGUGAUUAAAAAUGAUUUCCAAAAAUAUUGACAGCUUUGGUUUGCUUUUGCAGAUGGAUUUGAUUUUUCUGAAGGAUUUAAACAGCAUCUUGCAGAAAGUGAGAAAAAGGCCAGGGAUCUUUUGGAGUCAUACUACAAGAAAUGUCAAGAGAGAAGUGUAAGUUCACCACACAGCAAUUUAGCUGGGAUAUUGAUAACUGGGUCGCAACUGACUCCCUCCAACCCCUGGAUUGGACUGGACUUUUAAUUUUAUUCCCUCUCAACUUUGGCCAUUUGUUUACCCUGAGAUGCUUGCCAAUUAGAGGGGUAUAGAAUGGUACCUCAAAAAACGUGGGUCUCGGAAAAUUUUGGGCCGAUCUCAAAAACCUUGGAAGUAUUUUUAAUGGGACUCGAAGUCUCGUUUUCGAGUGAUUUUUGUGUCUUGGAGUCUCAAACUUUUUUGCCGACAGAUCUCAGAGUAUCAGAUUUUUUCAUUUUUUCUUUCCAUUUGGUCUUCAGGAGUCAAAAUUUGGCGGAGUUCAUGGGUCUGAGCUACAGUAGUAGAUUAAGACAGUAAAACAAGACAAAGCGGUAUUUCGGUGGGCUUCUGCUAGCUUCCAUUGCCGUUUUUGGUCUUUACUUGUCCCAUUAUCUCGAAAUUUUCUGUGCUUAGAGUCUCGGGCUCGGAAUUGAUAAAAAUGCUUCAGUCUCUGUCUCAAAUUUUGAAACCAGGAGAGAAUAAUGUACCUCCAAUAGUUUUUAAUUCAGGACUCUCCUGGUGACCAAAAAUAACAUUAACAACAUAUUUUCUACUUAUUUUCAGUUGAAAUGCAGGCUAAUAAAGGAAACUGGCAGUCCAGGAGAAGCUGUCUGUAAGGUUGCCAAGGAGAGGGGCGUUGACCAUGUAGUGAUGGGGUCCAGGGGAUUAGGUACAAUAAACCGCGCCCUUGUUGGCAGUGUCAGUGAUUACUGUCUUCACCACGCCCAUGUACCUGUGUCAGUAGUGCCUCCUCCAAAUCGCUUUGAACAGCAUGGAUAUGCCAAUCAAAGCUGA